CCCGACGUGGGGCUCGAACUCACGGACCGCGAGAUCAUGACCUGAGCCGAAGCCGGACGCUCAACCGACUGAGCCGCUCAGGGGCCCCGAUGUCAGUUUUUUUCAAUACAUACAAGCCAGAUAGGUUAAACUGCAGCCUGUCUUCAGUAAAUGCCCCAGUUGUUUGCAGUAAAAGUGGUUUAGAUUAGCACCCGGGCACUCUGACAAAGGUCUGGAGGGGUUAGGGGACUUGCCAGCACCAUUAGCAUUUUUUUCUUCUUUUUCCAGCAGCACUAAAAUAUGUUUGCUCAAAACAGAGGGAGAUGAAAAACUACUGGCAGCCUGUACCUCUUAGAAGAAAAAAAAAAUGUUUUACUUCUCUGGCAAACGUACCAAUUAAAUAAUGCUGUGUUGUGACAGAUUACUGAGCAAUUAAUGCCUAAUUGAGCCGCGUGCUAGACGCUUCUGGGAGAGCAACUUCCCCGGAGCUGGAGUGGCCACACCUCGGAGCAAAACCAACCUGCCUUCACACUUUCUGCAGCACCCUGUACGCUCAGGAGCCCAGAAACCAAAGAAAACAUUUUUCCUUUGAAUCCCUGAGAGUUACACUGGAAGGAUUAGCUUGACAGAAAAGAUCCCGACAUUGCAAAUCCUACUGGGGAUUUCAUACUUUCCUCGUUUGUAAGCAAAAUCCAUUUGCUGUGAGAUAUUUUUAGUGCAAGCAUCCCUUGUUGUGCUAUUCUCUUACAGUAUACCAUUAGAUCUUGAAGCCAUUCCAAGCAGGUCACGUGAUUUCUAAGCAUCUCUUCGGUCCCCUCCUAAGUGACUAGUCUCGUAGGAGCCAGGGAAUACUAGACUCUUAACUACCGAAGACCUCAACGUCCUUCCUGAAGCCUUGAACGCUUAUUGAUAGGAUGUGAAAAUGCUUUACAGCUGCUUUUUCUAAGAGGUCACUUGGCAGAGCUCGCCGAGUGACCUCAGUAAUAGAGAUAUUUUCAGCCCCACGAGCCGCCUAUGUAAAUAUAAAAAUGUAUUAGGCUGCAGAACUGCAUGUGUGGGAACAGAACAACCCUACCAUUGAAAGGAAAUCGCAGGGGGAACACUGGUGUCACUCAUGUGGGUUUGGUUAAGGCGCGCAUGCUUUUGAUAAAUCGUUUUGAUUCAGCGGCUCCACGUUUCGGAUGAGCCCAUUUCAUGUCUGGAACUUAAGGGCUAUAAAAAGUAACAUCCCAAUCACUUAGUGAGGUGUCUAGCAAGAUAUCCUUCCCGAAGUGUUUACGCUGAAAAAGAAAGCAAUCAUUUUCACUCUUUAUAUGACACUCAUUUGCCUUGGGAAAAUGUCAGUGUGGAGUUAGAUUUCCAGUUGUUUGGUUGAAAGAGAGUUAUUUAUUCGAGUGUCUGGGUGGAAGUGAUGUAUUUAUUCAGACCUCUGAAACUAGAAUCGGAGAGAAUUGUUGCAACGAGCAGGAAGCACGUUCUUGAGAUGAAUUGAGAAAUAACUCUCCGGGCGAAACGCUCUAAUAUUCCUGAGUGCGUUCAGUUUCAGUGGAUCAAAUCUUUCCCAUCUCUGCAUCCAAGCUAUUUGGCGGUGAUCAGAUGAUCAGAGCUCAAGAAAGCGAUUGGAGAGUCAGCUGGCUGCAGCUGCAAUGUAGGCUGUUUUCAGGGACAAGGAGCCACUGUUUUUCCAACAUAGCAUCAACAUAGAAGUUAUUUUGUAGGCUCCACGAUGCAGCUAUGGGCUGCACGGCCAGCAUUGUUCUGCUUCAGGCUUUCCGUUCUGUGGUCCAGAGGAGCUGUCCACACAUUUGUAGACGACGCCAAGAGGAACCAUCCCACGAGAUUGUGCCUCUGGAGAGCGAGGACGAGAUGAGUAGACCCAGAACCCUCAUUAUCAUGCAGGAAAAGCCCAGACUUCUCGAGCCUUUGGAUUAUGAAACCGUCAUUGAAGAACUUGAAAAGACCUAUCGGCAUGAUCCCCUUCGAGAUCUCCUGUUCUUCCCCAGUGACGACUUUUCAACGGCCACCGUGUCUUGGGAUAUCCGCACACUGUACUCAACGGUACCCGAAGACGCAGAACACAAAGCAGAAAAUUUGCUGGUGAAAGAGGCUUGUAAAUUUUAUAGCUCCCAAUGGUAUGUGGUAAACUACAAAUAUGAACAAUAUUCUGGAGACUUCCGACAGUUACCCCGAGCAGAAUACAAACCAGAGAAACUUCCUUCACAUUCCUUUGAGGUGGACCAUGAAGACGCUGAUAAGGAUGAAGAUACCACCUCCCACUCAUCUUCUAAGGGCGGUGGGGGAGCUGGAGGAACCGGAGUUUUCAAGUCUGGCUGGCUCUACAAGGGGAAUUUCAAUAGCACCGUGAACAAUACCGUUACUGUUCGGUCAUUCAAAAAGCGCUACUUCCAGCUGACUCAGUUGCCAGAUAACUCCUACAUCAUGAAUUUUUACAAAGAUGAAAAGAUAUCCAAAGAGCCCAAAGGCUGCAUCUUUUUGGAUUCCUGUACAGGUGUGGUGCAGAAUAACAGACUAAGAAAAUAUGCUUUUGAAUUGAAAAUGAAUGACCUAACUUAUUUUGUGCUGGCGGCUGAAACAGAGUCAGAUAUGGAUGAAUGGAUCCACACCCUGAACCGCAUCCUGCAAAUCAGUCCUGAGGGGCCACCUCAGGGGAGGAGGAGCACGGAGCUUGCAGAUCUGGGGCUGGAUUCGCUGGAUAAUUCUGUAACUUGUGAAAGCACACCAGAGGAAACAGAGUCUUCAGAGAACAGCCCACACCCAGACUUCGCAAAAUACCUCACAGAAACUGAAGAGACUGUCAAAACAACUCGAAAUACGGAGAGGUUAAAUCUGUUCUCGCUGGAUCCAGAUAUAGAUACCUUGAAACUUCAGAAAAAGGACCUUUUCGAACCCGACCUUGGGAUCAAACCAUUUGAAGAAAAAGCCGCCAAGAGAAUUAUGAUCAUCUGUAAAGCUCUCAACUUAAAUCUUCAGGGAUGUGUUACGGAGAAUGAGAAUGACCCAAUAACAAAUAUUGAGCCUUUUUUUGUGAGUGUGGCACUUUAUGACCUCAGAGACUGCAGGAAGAUUUCUGCGGAUUUUCAUGUGGAUCUAAAUCACACUGCUGUCAGACAGAUGCUCUCGGGGGCUUCCGUGGCUUUGGAAAACAGAAACAUUGACACUGUUUCCCCAAGACAAUCAGAAGAACCUCACGCCAAGGGAUUUCCAGAGGAAUGGCUAAAAUUUCCAAAGCAGGCUAUAUUUUCUGUAAGCAAUCCACAUUCUGACAUUGUUUUGGUGGCCAAAAUCGAGAAAGUACUGAUGGGGAACAUUGCAAGUGGUGCUGAACCUUAUAUUAAAAAUCCGGACUCCAACAAGUAUGCACAAAAGAUACUGAAAUCCAACAGGCAGUUCUGCAGCAAGUUGGGGAAGUACCACAUGCCGUUUGCUUGGGCAGUAAGAUCAGUAUUUAAGGACAACCAGGGAAAUGUGGACAGAGACUCAAGAUUUUCACCAUUGUAUAGACAAGAAAGUAGCAAGAUUUCAACCGAGGACCUCCUAAAACUAGUGUCAGAUUACAGAAGGGCUGACAGAAUAAGCAAAACGCAGACCAUCCCUGGAAGCCUGGAUAUUGCUGUGGACAACAUUCCUUUGGAGCAUCCAAACUGUGUAACAUCGUCCUUUAUCCCUGUCAAGCCUUUCGAUGUGACGGCUCAACCAGAACCCACGGUGGAGGUGGAAGAAUUUGUUUACGACUCAACAAAGUAUUGUCGUCCUUAUAGAGUAUACAAAAAUCAAAUUUACAUUUACCCCAAGCACCUCAAGUAUGAUAGCCAGAAAUGUUUCAACAAGGCUCGAAACAUAACCGUGUGCAUUGAAUUCAAAAACUCUGACGAAGAAGGUGCCAAGCCCGUGAAGUGUAUUUAUGGAAAACCUGGAGGGCCUCUCUUCACCUCAGCUGCCCACACAGCAGUUCUGCACCAUUCCCAGAAUCCGGAUUUCUCUGACGAGGUGAAAAUCGAGCUCCCAACACAGCUCCAUGAGAAACACCAUAUUUUGUUUUCUUUUUAUCACGUCACUUGUGACAUAAAUGCCAAGGCUAACGCCAAGAAAAAGGAGACUCUGGAAACAUCAGUUGGGUAUGCUUGGCUUCCACUGAUGAGACAUGAUCAGAUUGCUUCUCAAGAGUACAAUAUCCCAAUAGCAACAAGCCUGCCUCCUAAUUAUUUAAGCGUUCAAGAUUCUGCGAGUGGGAAGCAUGGCGGAAGUGACAUUAAGUGGGUCGACGGUGGAAAGCCUCUCUUCAGAGUGUCAACAUUUGUGGUGUCCACAGUGAAUACUCAGGAUCCCCACGUGAGCGCGUUUUUCCGACAGUGCCAAAAAAGGGAGAAAGAUAUGUCUCAGUCGCCUACCUCGAAUUUCAUCCGCUCUUGUAAGAACUUACUGAAUGUGGAAAAGAUUCACACAAUCAUGAGUUUUCUGCCUAUAAUCUUGAAUCAGCUGUUCAAGGUGCUGGUACAGAGCGAGGAAGACGAAAUAAGUACAGCCGUGACCAGGGUUCUGACCGACAUCGUGGCCAAGUGCCAUGAGGAACAGCUGGACCACUCCAUCCAGUCGUACAUUAAGUUCGUGUUCAAGACCAGGGCAUGCAAGGAGAGAACUAUACAUGAGGAGCUGGCUAAAAAUGUGACUGGUCUUUUGAAAUCCAAUGACACCCCAACAGUAAAGCAUGUCCUCAAGCAUUCUUGGUUCUUCUUUGCAAUUAUCCUCAAAUCAAUGGCACAGCACUUGAUUGACACAAAUAAAAUUCAGCUUUCUCGGACUCAAAGAUUUCCUGAAUCUUACCAGAAUGAAUUGGACAAUCUUGUAAUGGUCCUAUGCGAUCACGUGAUUUGGAAGUACAAAGAUGCACUUGAAGAGACAAGAAGGGCAAAUCAAAGCGUUGCCAGAUUUCUUAAGCGCUGUUUUACAUUUAUGGACCGGGGCUUUGUAUUUAAGAUGGUUAACAAUUACAUCAGCAUGUUCUCCUCUGGUGAUCUCAAGACCUUAUGCCAGUAUAAAUUUGAUUUUCUUCAAGAAGUAUGUCAGCAUGAGCACUUUAUUCCUUUGUGUCUCCCCAUAAGAUCCGCAAACAUUCCAGAUCCCUUGACGCCUUCAGAAUCAACUCAAGAGUUACAUGCAUCAGAUAUGCCUGAAUAUUCGGUCACGAAUGAAUUUUGCCGCAAACACUUCUUAAUUGGAAUUCUGCUUCGAGAAGUUGGCUUUGCCCUGCAAGAAGACCAGGACAUCAGGCACUCAGCUUUAGCUGUCCUAAAAAAUCUAAUGGCUAAGCAUUCCUUUGAUGAUCGAUACAGAGAACCCGAGAAACAGGCCCAGAUAGCAAGUCUAUACAUGCCCCUGUAUGGCAUGCUUCUGGACAAUAUGCCAAGGAUUUACCUGAAGGACUUAUAUCCUUUUACCGUCAACACAUCCAAUCAAGGGUCUAGAGAUGACCUCAGCACCAAUGGAGGAUUUCACAGCCAGUCGGCUAUGAAACAUGCAAAUUCUGUGGAUACAUCAUUUUCUAAAGAUGUUUUAAAUUCCAUAGCAGCAUUUUCAUCAAUAGCUAUUUCUACAGUAAACCAUGCUGACUCCAGAGCAUCCCUGGCAAGUCUUGACUCCAACCCAAGCACCAAUGAGAAGAGCAGCGAGAAAACAGACAACUGCGAAAAGAUCCCUAGACCCUUGUCUUUGAUAGGGUCAACCCUUCGAUUUGACAAGUUAGAUCAAGCAGAAACCAGGAGCCUUCUCAUGUGCUUUCUUCACAUUAUGAAGACAAUUUCAGAGGAGACGCUGAUUGCCUACUGGCAAAGAGCACCCAGUCCAGAGGUGUCUGACUUCUUCAGCAUCUUGGAUGUUUGUCUUCAAAAUUUCAGAUACCUAGGAAGACGCAAUAUAAUAAGGAAAAUUGCUGCGGCAUUUAAAUUUGUGCAGUCCACCCAGAACAAUGGAACUCUCAAAGGCUCUAACCCUUCCUGCCAAACAUCAGGUCCCUUGCCACAAUGGAUGCAUACCACGUCCGCUCAUGAAGGACAUAAGCAGCACCGAUCACAAACUUUACCUAUAAUUCGAGGCAAAAAUGCACUUUCUAAUCCCAAACUUUUACAGAUGUUAGACAAUACUAUGUCCAGCAACUCCAAUGAAAUAGACAUCAUGCACCAUGUGGACACAGAGGCCAAUAUAGCUACAGAGGUGUGCCUGACUAUCCUAGACCUGCUAUCACUCUUCACCCAGACUCACCAGAGACAACUCCAACAAUCUGAAUGUCAAAAUUCCAUGAUGAAAAGGGUCUUUGACACCUACAUGGUCUUUUUCCAAGUCAACCAGUCAGCCACAGCGCUGAAGCACGUGUUUGCCUCCUUGAGACUGUUUGUUUGCAAGUUUCCUUCAGCGUUCUUUCAAGGGCCUGCCGACCUGUGUGGAUCCUUCUGCUAUGAAGUCCUAAAAUGCUGUAACCACAGGUCACGGUCAACUCAGACAGAAGCAUCAGCCCUUCUCUACUUUUUCAUGAGGAAGAAUUUUGAAUUUAACAAGCAGAAGUCAAUUGUCCGGUCCCACUUACAACUUAUCAAGGCUGUAAGCCAGUUAAUCGCCGAUGCUGGGAUUGGAGGCUCUCGGUUUCAGCAUUCCCUUGCAAUUACCAACAAUUUUGCUAAUGGAGACAAGCAGAUGAAAAACAGCAACUUCCCAGCAGAGGUGAAAGAUCUGACAAAACGUAUAAGGACUGUUUUGAUGGCCACAGCUCAGAUGAAAGAGCAUGAGAAGGACCCCGAGAUGCUGGUGGAUCUCCAGUACAGCCUGGCAAACUCCUAUGCAAGCACCCCUGAGCUGCGCAGGACCUGGCUGGAAAGCAUGGCCAAGAUUCACGCAAGAAACGGCGACUUAUCCGAGGCCGCGAUGUGUUACAUCCACAUAGCUGCCCUCAUUGCGGAAUACCUGAAAAGAAAAGGUUACUGGAAAGUGGAAAAGAUUUGCACACCAUCCCUGCUCCCGGAGGAUACCCAUCCCUGUGAUAACUACCCAUUACUAACAGCUCCCAGCGGAGGAAGCAUGUUCUCUAUGGGCUGGCCAGCUUUUCUGAGCAUUACACCAAAUAUUAAAGAAGAAGGAGCAAUGAAAGAAGAUUCGGGAAUGGAAGACACACCGUACAAUGAGAAAAUCCUGGUGGAGCAGCUCUACCUGUGUGCGGAGUUUCUUUGGAAGUCUGAGCGAUAUGAACUCAUCGCUGACGUCAACAAACCCAUCAUCGCUGUCUUUGAGAAGCAGAGAGACUUCAAGAAAUUAUCAGAUCUCUACUACGACAUUCAUCGGUCGUACCUAAAAGUUGCAGAGGUGGUGAACUCAGAGAAGAGGCUGUUCGGUCGCUACUAUCGUGUAGCCUUUUACGGGCAGGGCUUUUUUGAAGAGGAGGAAGGUAAGGAGUAUAUUUAUAAAGAGCCUAAGCUGACGGGCCUCUCGGAGAUUUCUCAAAGACUGCUCAAGCUCUAUGCGGAUAAAUUUGGUGCAGACAAUGUGAAGAUAAUCCAGGAUUCCAACAAGGUAAACCCCAAGGAUCUGGACCCUAAAUAUGCCUACAUCCAGGUGACCUAUGUCACACCAUUCUUUGAGGAAAAGGAAAUCGAGGACCGGAAGACGGAUUUCGAGAUGCACCACAACAUCAACCGCUUCGUCUUCGAGACACCCUUUACGCUGUCGGGCAAGAAGCACGGCGGGGUAGAGGAGCAGUGCAAGCGGCGCACCGUGCUGACCACCAGUCACUUGUUCCCCUACGUGAAGAAGCGAAUACAAGUCAUAAGCCAGUCGAGCACAGAACUGAAUCCUAUCGAAGUGGCCAUUGACGAGAUGUCCAAGAAAGUUUCUGAGCUGAAUCAGCUUUGCACAAUGGACGAGGUGGACAUGAUCCGACUGCAGCUCAAAGUCCAAGGAAGUGUCAGCGUGAAGGUUAACGCUGGGCCGAUGGCCUACGCACGAGCUUUCCUUGAAGAAACCAAUGCGAAGAGAUACCCUGACAACCAAGUAAAACUUCUGAAGGAAAUAUUCAGGCAAUUUGCAGACGCGUGUGGACAGGCCCUUGAUGUGAAUGAGCGCCUCAUCAAGGAGGAUCAGCUGGAGUACCAGGAAGAGCUGAGGUCCCAUUAUAAGGACAUGCUCAGUGAACUCUCCACAAUCAUGAAUGAGCAGCUUUGUCACGGUCCGUGUCUGUACAGCUUCUGUUCCUCUGUGUCUAGUAUUUCCCUCAGUACUAUAAGCAAAAGUGAUUAUGUGCAGGGACGACCCGUCAAAGCGCGGAGCGGAGCGAACCUGUCCUCGAGUAAUUAGCAGGCCGGCUCCCCCUUUACCCACUGUCUCCAUCUCAGCCAGUGAGGACGCUUGAAGGGAGGUCUACUGCAUCAGACACGCCUCGAAGGGACCCUUCUGAAUUUGUAGCUCAUCUCGGGGAAGAGAAAGACUUAAUUUAUUUGAAGUUUUUAUAGUGUUAAUUUUUUUUUUUUUUUACCUCGCUAGCGUGAGAAUUUCGCCAGCUUUCGGCUUUGCACAUUUCUUAUGAUUUUUUUAUUCCUUUGAGCAGCAUUGAUCAAGCCAAGCUGAAUAUUUGCCGUGAAAUUCCAACGAAUGUGUAGCUCAAAAGCAAACCCUAAGUUUGCUGUCAGUUAUAAUAUGUUCAAUACCAAGUCCUAGUACACAUAUUUUAAAGGUCAAAGUGAAUGUUUUUGUAACAUUUAAGCAUAUUCCAAAUGUAAAUAGAAGAUUGUAAAAUAUAUGGUUUUUACCAAAUUUAAAAGAGCCUUUUUAGUUAAUACUUAUGACAGUGCUAAAGUUAUAUGAAUAACAUUUCAGAUACCAUUAUAUUAAAAUAUUUGUGUAUGUGUACAAACAUGUUGAUAAAUACUAAUCUCUAAAGCUUGUGGAGUUCCUUUAUUUGUAAUAUAUGUGCUCUCAAAAGCAAUGGGAUGUGAAAUUAUGUAUUUUGUUGUUCAUAGAAAUAAAAAAUACAAUUCCUUUGCA